AUGGCUUCUGAGGCAGUGACUAAGUACUUCUUGAUUUUCGUGCUUGUUGCGAUCCAACUUUGGAAGUUUAAAAGAAAGCAAAGCCAAAGAUCUAAGGCGAUCGCAUCGCCUGGUGUUCCACCUGUAGACUCGGACUUCAAAUGGGAAGAGACUGAGCCAAGACCGUACCGCCCUUUCGAUGGGAAGAGGAACCACCGUGUAGCCAUGGGCACCAAGGACAUGACUGAGACCCCAGAGGACUGGCUUUUGCUUGAAAACACCUACUUAAAGAACAUCGAAUUCAGAAAGGAAGCCACCACCUCGUACCCCAAGAACACAACCUAUGUUCACGAUAACAUAGAGACCCGCGGAGCCGUAGUGGAGUUCUACGACAAGGUUGUCACUUUCCUCUGUCAGAGAUACCCUCAGUACUUCACGCUAGACGAAGAAAAGGGCACUGUGCUUAACACUAUCACCAACGAGUACCUUCUCAGCCCAACCACCAGCAAGGAAGAGGAUCUCAUCCUAUGCUUAGCUGCUAACAUCGAAGAAGACUUUAUUCUCCUUAUGAAGGAUGACCCAACCGACCACGAAGAAGAGUACAAACUCAGAGCUUCGAUCACGGGGUUCCCCGCUGGCUUUGAUCCCUCCGAGGGCCACAACCAGCCGAUCUCUUUCAUCCACAAGCCAGUUCCCAAGUACGAGUCUCGUUUGAAGUUCUCCAUGGCAAAGUUCUUCAACAAGCUUGAGCCAACAGACUUGUCUGUGAGAUUCAACUGGUCGGUCCAGAUGCACAAGGAAAAGUUUGCCUUGACAAACAACCAUGGGUACGUGGGGGACAAGCUCGUAGAAAUGAAGUACGAGGAUAUAGACUUCGAAAACGAAACUUUCCUUAGGGUAGAGAGGCAGAUAUUUACUCGUUUGCCCAAGCUGAGAGCAGUUAUGAUGACAGUCAGAACAUACCUUACGCCAUUGCCCAAAGUCAAAAAGGAGGGUUUGGCAGAAGAGUUGAUUCAAGGAAUAGACGGCUUGCCAGAGGACUUGGCCUUCUACAAGAAGAGACCUUCCUGGGGUGAGCCUGUCAAGAGAUACUUGAGAGAAUAG